AUGGAUUUAACAUUUCCUUGUAUUCAAGGAGGCUGUGGUGCACGUUGUACAAAUGAUCUACAAACUCGAUGUAAAGAAUUAGAAAGUUCAUUGUGGUGCUCCAAAAAUCGUGGAGUUAACUAUAGAAAAUAUAAAAUGUCUUUAUCUAAAUAUCACUCAUUUUGUAGUGGAAGUUUUAAUAAUAAUAUAGUAAUCAAAAAUAUAGAGCCACCUGUAAUGAUAAAAAACCCUGUGUAUAGUGGCUAUUGUAACAGAGGUUUUUACCUUUUAUUAUCCAAUGAUCAACCAGUUUGUUUUUGUCCACCAAGUUAUUAUGGUGAUCAAUGUCAAUUUAAUAGUCGACGAAUUACAUUACGUAUAAAACUCAAUCGUCGACAUCGAACAGAUGUUUCAGCUAUUGUCUAUAUUCUUGCACUAUUAUUAUGUAACAAUACAAUUAUUAUUGAUCAUACGCAUUUUAUUGACUCAAUACAAGAUAGUUUAAAGCAUGAAAGUUAUUUACUCUAUUCUCGUAUGAAAUUAAAUUGUAUUUAUACCGUACAAUUCGAAGCGUUUAAUAAUUAUAAAUUGCUUACUGUUUGGAAAUAUAAUGUUUCAUUUGAUUUUUUACCUUCAUUUCGUUUAGCAAAGAUAUUGCAUUUUCCAAACAUUGAUAUACGUCUUCCCUAUGUUUGUUCAAUUAAUACUUGUCGAAAUAAUGGUACUUGCUAUAUUAUUAAUAAUAAUAAGAUAUUAACAUUUUGUUAUUGUACAAACGGCUGGUAUGGACAAUUCUGUGAACAAUGGGAUAAUGAUAGUUAUUGUUCGCUCGAGAAUAGUAUAUAUCGUUUUAAAUCAUUAUGUAUAUGUAAGGAAGGUUAUGUUUCACCUAACUGUUAUCUAAAAAAUACAAUAUGUGAAUCAUUUCCUUGUUUAAAUAAUGGAACAUGCUAUUCAUAUCCAAAUGAAAAUAAUAGCUACAAAUGUAUUUGUCCAAUUGGCUAUGAUGAUGCAAGAUGUCAAAAUCAGGUACCGUUUUUGAAUAUAUAUACACAAUCAAACACAACAUAUAUAGGAUUUUUUGGAAAGUAUAUCAAUUCAUCUUUGCAAUAG